UUCCUCCUCCGCCGCUUCCUCCUGCUCGCCGCGUCCUCCUCAUCUCCUCGCUCCUCCGAAUGCCGUGCGUCCUCAGCACGGAGCGCCGAAUGCCAUUUCACUUUCGUUGGGCUUCGCCGCGUAGGAGAUCGGGCCCUGCCAGGAAUUAUCCUCUCGUUCGGCGCGCUCGUAACCUCCCCGUGCGCGCGUAUUUCGGCCAGCUUUCUCGCGGCUGCGUCGUCCGCGACGACGACGACCACCACGGACACGACAACGGUCGCGACGACGACGACGAGGACGUGGACGAGGACGGUCGCGUCGGUGACCACGACGGCGAUCGCCGCGACACGUUUUCUCGCAGUGACUUCCCGACGACUUCUGCCUCCACCUCCGCGUCCUCCUCCCCCUCAUCCGUCGCCGUCGCCGCCUCCUCUUUCUCUUCUUCUUCUUCUUCUUCUUCUUCCUCUUCCUCUUCCUUCACUCUCCGCCGCUCUUCCUUUUCCUCGUUCUCUGUCUACUGCUUCCCGUCACUUCCUCCUCCUCUUCCUCCUCUUCCUCCUCCUCCUCCUCCACCUCCUCCUCUUCCUUCUCCUCCACCUCUCGCAGCUGCUGCUACUACUACUACUACUACUACUUCUAUUUCUCCAACUACUACUGCUGCUCAUUUUCUUCUUUCGCCGUGUCCUCCACCUCCACCUCCACCUCCUCUUCUGUCUCGACGAGGGGACCGUUCACCCACGGAACGCCGCAGCCAGUCACUUUUGAAGACGGCCGACCAGCUGAAGAUCAAGGGUCUCUGCGAGGUGCCGGAGAGCCGAGACGGCCCGCCGUCCGUGAGCCUGAGCUCGCCACCGAGGGAGUCCGGCACCCCGAGAUUGAACUACACGAAGCUGAAGAAGCACCAUCCGCGGUACAAGCGGCCGAGAACCACGUUCGAGCCACGCGCCACCGACCCGAGACAUUACGAGCGCUAUAAAGAGGAGGAGGUCAACGAAGAUUACAGCCGCAAUAAUAAAGAGAACCAUCGGGACUGGCCAGCCGAAGAUGAAGAGUGCGCGGAGGCACCAACAGCAGCAGUAGUGUUGGACACUUGCCAGCGCAACAAUAACAACAACAAUAACAACAACAACAACAACAACGGUAACGGCGCGAAUAACAACAACAACAACAACGAGGAAGGGUGUCCGGGUUCGAUCAGAAAGCAUCUGUAUGAAUCGCUCGUUUCGGACCGCCGUCUUCCGUUCGAAAACUCUACUGGCUAUUUUCGAUGUAGAGGGCUAGGUCACUAUGGCCAUCAUCCGGACCCGGGAGAAGUCGAUCUACCCCCUGAGACGCAGCCCACUCCGCCCAGCGCUACUUUAGUCGGCACCACCAUCACCCACCUGAGAGAUCCGGAUCAUCACUCUACAGAGAUUCAGAAUUGCGACAGCGUCAAGAUAAAAUUCGAGACGUUACACACGAUGGACUCAUCGGACACGAUUGACAUAGACAGCCACAUGUCGGAUCGGGCGAGCGUCAGCUCGAAGAAUGCCGCCGACAACGACAACAUGAUAAUGAUUACGCCGGAGCUGCUCGGGCUGAUGCCGUCGGGCAGUUCCGUGCACUCGGACUCUGGCGAGAAUAAUUCGAGGGGCCACUCCGGACAGUCGAGCUCGCAUCAUCACGGCUCCAAGUCGUGGACGCAGGAGGACAUGGACGCAGCGCUGGAAGCCUUGAGGAACCACGACAUGAGCCUGACGAAAGCCUCUUCAACAUUUGGAAUUCCGUCGACGACACUGUGGCAACGGGCGCAUCGACUGGGCAUCGACACACCGAAGAAAGACGGUCCCACAAAGUCCUGGAGCGACGAGAGCCUGAACAACGCUUUAGAAGCCCUACGCACCGGUACUAUCUCGGCUAAUAAAGCGUCCAAGGCGUUCGGCAUACCCUCCAGCACGUUGUACAAGAUCGCCAGGAGAGAAGGCAUCAGACUGGCCGCGCCGUUCAAUGCGAGUCCCACGACGUGGUCGCCCGCCGACCUGGAUCGCGCCCUAGAGGCGAUCAGAUCCGGCCAGACAUCCGUGCAAAGGGCAUCCACCGAAUUCGGCAUACCGACCGGUACGCUGUACGGACGAUGUAAGCGGGAGGGAAUCGAGCUCAGCAGAAGUAACCCCACACCGUGGAGCGAAGACGCGAUGACUGAGGCUCUCGAGGCCGUCAGAUUAGGUCACAUGAGCAUCAAUCAAGCAGCAAUCCACUACAACCUGCCGUAUUCCUCGCUAUACGGACGCUUCAAGAGGGGGAAGUACGAGGAGUCGGUGGUCGGUGAGAUUUCACAGGACGGCAGCAGUCCGCAUUUUCAUCAGAGUCCCAACCAGAAUCACUCGUCCGCCCUUCCGGAUCAAAUGCCUUAUCCGGGCAGCUGAAACUUACCUCUUUACUAGAGUAUUAAGUUAGCUUAAACCUUUCGAACUUUUCGAUUCGUCGCUGCAGUUUUGACAGCUCCUUCAAGCACGCGUGAGAGAAAUUCCGAGAGAUUAAAGCGAGACGACCGAGAUCGGUAAUGCCGUUACAAAACACACACACACACACACACACACACACACAUACUAACACGCACACACACACGAACUAUUAACAGCGGAGGGCAAGAUUACCCGCAGUAUUAAAAGGUGAAUUGCCGUGAGCGAGCAUUAUGUACAUUGUAUGAUUUUUAUGUCGGAGGGAAGAACGGAGAGGAAAAGAAACGUAGAGAGACUAUACUAUAAUAAUUUAUAAGAAUUAUUUAUAAAAAGAAGAGAGCACUGUACAGAAGCCGGGGCGCGCACCGCCGCCGCCUCCGGUGAAAAAUUACUUUAGCGCGUAAGUGACAACUUAACGGAGGUGAGGACGGAUACUGCCACUGGCAAACUGGUAUAUCCUGUUGAUUGAAACUACAAGAGAGACUAAUGUGUCGUUCGUUCGUCCGUUCGUUUAUUAAUUGUCGUUACGUUGCAAUCGGAUCCGCUGCUGACUUUGGCAGCAGCAAUUUCGCGCUCGGUGCUUUCGAUACUUGAUACACCCACAACGUUUAUACCACGAGACGAGUCGGGAUCGUGCACAGAGUUGAUCUCGCGCAACGGUUUUGCGUGACGAAGAUAUACGCGGGGACGUCGUGAGCGACGCCGUCACGGGGAAG